CAAUUUUUCGACCUUUGGUUUCCAUCAAAAAUUUCCUUUUCUGACACAAAAAUAGGUACAUUUUUUUAGAUACGCAAAUUUUUUUCCUUGCAAUAAACACAAGGUUGUUCAGAAACCAUGUCUCAAGAGCAGUUGUCCAAGAGCGUUGCUGAUUUGAGCAUUGAAGAGCAAGGUGCUCCCCCUGCGAAAACCGCUGCGCAGAAUGUCACCCCCUGGGAAGUCGAGGGUGCUGUUGUUGACGGUGUAGCUCAAGCCAUUGACUACGACAAGCUUGUUGAUCAAUUCGGUACUACGCCCAUCACCACUGAAUUGCUUCAACGUUUCGAACAACUCACUGGCAGAGCACCCCACGUUCUCUUGAGAAGAGGCACUUUCUUUUCUCACAGAGAGUUCUCCAGAAUUCUGGAUCGCUACGAACAAAAGAAGCCCUUCUUCUUAUACACUGGUCGUGGACCUUCAAGUGCUUCCAUGCACUUGGGUCACAUGAUCCCUUUCAUCUUUUGUCAAUGGCUUCAGGACGUCUUUGAUGUUCCGAUUGUCAUUCAAUUGACAGACGAUGAAAAGUUCUUGUUCAAACCUAAUCUUACCGUUGAAAUGUGCAAUCAGUUUGCUUAUGAAAAUGCCAAAGAUAUCAUCGCUUGCGGCUUCAAACCUGAAAAGACCUUUAUUUUCUCCAACUUGAACUACGUCGGUGGUGCUUUCUAUCAUAAUGUUGUCCGUAUUUCCCGCUGCAUUACUUCCAAUCAGUCCAAGGCAACUUUCGGUUUCAACGACAGUGAUAAUGUCGGUAAACUCCAUUUCGUGUCUAUUCAAGCGGCUCCUUCCUUCUCCAAUUCGUUCCCUCAAAUUUUCGGAACCAAGAAGGAUAUUCCAUGCUUGAUUCCUUGCGCUAUUGAUCAGGAUCCCUAUUUCCGUUUAACGCGUGAUGUGGCCAAGCGAUUGAAAUACCCCAAGCCGAGUUUGAUUCAUGCCAAGUUUUUCCCAGCAUUGCAAGGAUCGCAAACAAAGAUGAGCGCCUCCGUCGAUAGUUCUGCCAUCUUCAUGUCUGACACCCCUAAUCAGAUCAAGAACAAGAUCAACCGAUACGCUUUCUCUGGUGGAGGAGCUACCGUGGAGGAGCAUAGAGCCAACGGUGGUAAUCCCGAUGUGGACGUUGCUUACCAAUACCUCAGUUUCUUCCUUGAUGAUGAUGAAGAAUUGAAGAAAAUUCACGACGCAUACAAAUCCGGUGAGAUGAUGACGGGUGAACUGAAGAAGCGCUGUAUCGAAGUUCUUCAGAAGGUGGUGGGUGAUUUCCAGAAGAAAAAGGCCGAAGUCACAAAGGAAACCAUUGAUUACUUCAUGGAUCCUAAUAGAAAAAUUGAUCCUUAAAAAAGAAAGUUGUAGUAUAAAGGAAUGCAUUGUAAAAGUUAAUACAAAUUGGGGACUGCAUGCUUCAAGUAUGUGGGCUCACUUGAAAAUG